AUGCUGUUUGUGACGCCGACGGGCGAGUCCCGAUUCGCCGGCGAUGAAGGCCUCUACGCUGCGAUUAGAGCAGCACAACUUGCGCGAGCACUACACGGCGCUACAAUUAGGGCUCAUGUUUCUAGCAACCAGCCCAUCAACCCUAAUAGCAUCCCGCUCGCACUUCCGCCUGCAAAGUGGGUUAUACCAUCCACUGCUGAGCGCGCAAUGCGGGAGGUGCUUUCCUCCAUCAGCGGUGCUGACGCUGCUGCCGUUGCGGGUUACGGCCUUCAGGUGCCGGUUGCUUUGCCAGAUGAAGGUCAGCUGGAGGCGCUGCGGGUGGUUUUGCCCUAUAUACAUCACCUUAAGCCACACCCCGUCAUGACCUUUGAUGAUGUACAAAGACUUGAGCGACUCAUGACUCUUUACAACUCCAAUGUUACUUGUCUUAACCUAGGUGACGGGGCCGUCAUGCCACACAACCAUGCCGAGGCUCCACCAUCGACAGUGGUGGCGAAGAUAAAUGAGUUAAUGCAACGAUUCCCACUCCCGGCGCCGAAACCUGCUAAGGGUAGUGAUGAUGGCACAGAGGAUACAGAGGAAGAAGAAAUGGAAGACGAAACUGAUUACUCCAUCAAUGAGGAGCUGAUGGCUUGGUGCCAAAGUCAGGAGGUGCAAUACACAACCUACGACGACGCAAUCCGCCAGCGGGCCGCGUAUGAACUAGACGCGUUUCGCAACAUAUGUAAAAUACUCAUGAAUGACACAAAGAUUCGGGUGCUGCUGCUUGACCACAAUCAACUGUGCGCACCCAACGAGGACGAACGUGUCUCUCUCGUUCCGUUGCGUAUGCUGGCGAAGGUUAUCGACGCCAAUGAAACCAUUAAAGUACUGGACCUUAGCAGUAACAUGUUGGGGCCGUUUGGAUUUGGUGUAAUCGCCAAAGCUCUCACGAAAAACAUUUCCAUCGUAGCGCUGGACCUUUCUGAUAAUCAGUUGGGGACCCCUUCACCAGACACCGAUGAGGACCCGGAGCAUCAGCCUGAUGAUCCCGUCUUUGGUGAAGAAUACAGCGGUUUGGAGGCGAUCAGUGAGGUGCUUAAGAAGAACAAAUUUUUGCGCUGCUUGAGGCUAGCUCACAACGAUAUCCACAGUGGUGGGGAAGGUGAGGAAGCGCCACCUGUCGAAGUGAAUGAGCUAGACCCUGAAAAUGACGCAACCACUGUAGACGUUGAGAGCUGGCAAGACUUGCCGCUUUGGCACCUUAUGGGCCCACUCCGGCAUUACCACAGGUUACGUGUGUUGGAUCUUUCAGGUAACCUGUUAGGCCCUGUAGGGGCUCAUAUGGUCGCCACAGCACUUGCCGAAAACCAUUCCGUUGAGGUCCUCGACCUUACGGAUAACGGCAUAGGCUUUCAUGGCCUGCACUACAUUUCGAAGGUGCUGCUGUCGUCUCAAAAAACUGUCCUUAACACGCUUAUAUUACGUCGGAACCAACUCGCUGGGAAGAAAACAAGCAAGGCCCAACAAAAAAUGGCUCUAGCGGCUAUGCAAGCGACGGCUGCAGCGUUGAGGGAAAAUGGCAGGCUGCGCCGGUUGUCAGUUGCCGGGAAUUACCUAGGAACAACCUUAGCUUCUGCCCUGUUGAGUACCAUUGCAACUGUAUCCUCGCUGGAGGAACUAGAUCUUGAGAGCAAUGACAUUUGUGGGGACGUUGCGGCACCGCAUGAUACGACAGCGUUGGGAUUUGUUGCUGCCGCGCUCUAUAGUACUGCCAUGUGUAACAGGCGUCCCACACUACGCGUUCUGAAUCUUGCUAACAACAACAUCCGAUCAUCGGGUCUGAAUGUCUUGUUUCCAUCCGCUGCGUCGAUGCCAAUAUCACUUGUUGAUGUGAAUCUCUCACGCAACAAUAUCGAUAAUGCUGUUGACGCUCUAACCCACCUAAUGAUUAGUUCACCCGUAUUACAGCGGCUUACUUUGGCGCACAAUGCCAUUACAGACGCCUCUGUGGUAGUUCCUGGUGUCUCAAGCAACACAUAUUUGGCGGAGUUAGAUCUUUCCCACAACUUGUUGGGUUCGCGCAAACCUCAGUACUGCGAGGACCCGCAGGCGCAGAUGAAAAAUGUGGAAAGACUGGUGGACGUCUUCAACAAUCAUCCUUCGCUUGAAGAUGUCAAUCUGAGCUUUAAUGACUUUGAGGAUGUGCAUGGGCCAAUUCUCGCAAGGCUCUGCGAGGACCACGGAAGCAAGGGGAAAUUGCGUCGCAUAAACUUGUGCGGAAAUCACGAGAUCAAGCAGUGUGAUAUCAACAACAUGGUGCGGGCACUGCCCCAAAAAAGUGGAAUUGAGGUAUUUUACAUAUCCUCUACAUACCCGGCCACCACCACGAGUGGUGGCGUCAUAUUUCCUGUGGGUCGUGAUGCGGCACUGGAUGCGCCAACUGACCGCCAGCAGCAGCAGAUUCCACUUCUGAAAUUAAUGCAUGAGACGGUACAUCAGUGUCCUUCACUGCUUGAUAUUAACUGCGACCUGCAGCGGUCAGCCAUGAAGAGUGAGGAAAGUGCUGAUGGGGAUGCCGGCGCGGAUGUGGGUGGAAGGACCGUGGAGGAAAUAAAGCAGUGCCUGCUGUUGAACGCACUGAUGGCUCCUCAGGUUUAA